UGGGGAAUGGGCUGAAAACUACAAUAAAUCCACCAAAAAACUAAAUUUCAAGCAAAGAACGAGCUAGUAUUACAUUAAAAAAAUAUCUACAAAGUUGACAUCACAAAAGAAUUAAAAGAUGAAAAACAAUAAAAGAAAAUGGACGUCUAUGUAUCUAUUAAUCGGCCUAUUUGAACUAAGAAUAUUAAUUAAGUUCAUUUAGUCUAAAUACUAUUGGGCCUUCUCAAAAGCCCACACUCGACCCAAUAGUGGAAGAUGUAGGGUUUUGCUAUCAUCACCGCAGUCGCCAUUAUCAUCUGCAAACAGAGCUCCACUCAUUCCCCGUCGCCACCGUCAGUCCAAUUUUUCAUCCCAACUGUUGCAUUCGUUUGUUCACAUGUUUCCGUUGAAUCUUAUGGGAUAAAAUGCCCAAAUUCCAGGUUAAUAUGUCUAUAUUGCUAUAUCUAGGGUUUAGGGUAACAUGUUUGGAGCUUGAGUUUAGCUGAAUUUGAAAUGGUCAUGAAACGGGGAAACCGUAAAGAUUGGACAGUAGGUAAGAUGACAUUUUGCGCAAGCAGGUGGGAAAGUUGGGCCUACAAUGGACGUUGGUCUGCAUGCAUCUGUCUAGUCAAAAGCCCAAAGACUGUAUGCAUAGUAGAUGGGGCCGUAUAUGUGCAGAUGUGCGAGUUUUCGUUAUUUUUCGGUACAAUAAGGUCGUAUUUCGAUAUUCUGGUGUUUUGGCCCAGCCCUAUAUGUGCUAAGGAUGAGAAAAGCGUACGGAUUCCACAAGCAACGAAGAUCUUGCUCUGGUUUAUCUUGUCGGAACUAUGAACACAAAAUGGGCGCAACUAACUGAAAUCUUCCCCCGCACAAAGGAUGACCUCUCAAAUCGAAGGCACUUGGUAUUGAAGAUGAAGGUGUAUAAAUGGAAAAAGGCCGAAGAGAAGUAGAAGGAGAAGGAAAAGAACGAGUAAGUAGUGCAAACAUCAGUUAAGACCGACACAACAUCGACUCCUACCGACGCGCUCUUCACCAUCGAAGAAGAUUUGGCACUUACUUAUUUUUCGCGAUCCACAAAGAUUGGAAGAUAAUAUUUAAAUUCCUCCCACACCGCGAGGUCAAUGACCUCCAAGACCGAUGGUACAAUGAGGUGAAGGUGAAGAUGGAGCCGAAGCUGGAGGAGCUGAAGGAGGGGGCUGUGAUCAUAUCCAAUGUGGCUAAAGAGGAUCAUAUCAGGCACACCUACCCUAAAAAUAUUUUCGAGGUGGUUCUCAAGGUUGAGGUAAUGGAGAUUCUUCUUCCAGCGUUGUCAUGUUUAUUAUUGAUCAAAUUAUAACUUUCUCCGAUGGUGUGAAUUCACAGUCGGAAAAAAUUGUAAUUCAACUCUUCAGAGACAUCGGGAUAGUAGAUUGGCUUGACCCCUUCAAGUGUGUAAUUGUUUUAGCUCAAAUGGGAAUAAACUUUUUAUUUUGAUUUUAUCCGGUAAUGGAUGAUCGAAUAAUUGUUUUCUGUGUGCUUCAUUAACAUAUUACUCACAGAAAACAAUUAUUACAUCACCUAUUAUCGGAUAAAAUCAAAAUAAAAAGUUCAUUCCUAUUUGAAUUAAAACAAUUGGGCACACAAUUGAAGGGGUCAAGAAAGUCUACUAACCUCUUGAUGUCUUUGAAGAGUUGAAUUUCAUUUUUUCCUAUUGUGAAUCACACCAUAGGAGAAAGUUAUGAUUUGAUCAACAAUAAGCGAGACAAUGCUGGAAGAAGAAUCUCCAUGCCCUCGACCUGGUGUGCCUUAUAUGAUCCUCCUUAGCCACGUUGGAUAUGAUCGCAGCCCUCUCAUUGACAUUGAUUAUAUAGUCUGUUGACAUCUCGUAUACUUCUUAUUAACAUUCAAAGUAAAGGAUAUUGACAUUGGUAAAAUAGUCUAUUGUCCCCUGAAAGAAGCGUGCCCCAUACCUACUACCAAACUAAGGAAUUCUUAAAACUAAUUGCGAUCUGAGUUGGGAUAGGCUUAUAGAGGUGUGAUCUAUUUUAACUCUUCUCUUAAUUGCUAACGGCAAUCAAUUUAAGAUCAUAAGAUUUUAAAGAAUAAAUGGUCAAUAAUUUGGCAUGUGUCUUAUAUUACACUAAUUCACUUCAGUUAUAUUUUAUUAUAAAAUUAAUAUAAAAAAGUUUACCACAUAUUCCACUAGCUUUUAUAAUCCAUUAUUCUUUAAAUUUCUUACAUCCAUAUAUGUACUAAAUGUGACUGUGGGAUAGAGGGAGACAGGGAGUAAUAUGGAGCUGAUCCCACGAAUGCUACCAUAUUAUCCACAAACAAUAUAUCGCCUUCCACUCUCAGCUUGCCACAUCACACAUUCACUAAUCGGCCACAUCAUCACCUCAUUUGCGCCAACUGACGUGGACACUUGCUUAACCGUCGAUCUACUCUCCCACUACUUUCAGCCGUCGAAGUCUACGUCAAAGAGCUCGUGGCCACCGAAAUUCAAGGAAAUAUUACAUAUUUUUUCAAGUUUUUAAGAGCCAAAAACCUCCAAUUACGUUAAGCUCCUUUCCUUCCAUCGCCGGAAUAUUCCGUCGUCGGCGAAAGAUAGAACCUUCUUUUCCUUUCGCCUUCUCGGAUUCCAGAUCGUUCUUCGGUGCUUGCUCAGUGAAUGUUCGGAGCUGACAGCUUUGGCAUGGGAUUUGUGUCUGUUUCGAGUUCUGCUGCACGAACUCUCUUGGAAGUAGGUGUAAAAUAUUUGCCUAAUGAAUCGUUAUCUAGAAGACCAAUAGUAUUAUCAUUUCAAAAGGAUGAGAAUAAGAAGUUAGCUCUAAUUACGCCUAGAGAAUCUGUAGCUUUGUCUUUGGAGACAAAUAAAGGAAACCAUAAGAGGUUAAGAAAGGGUAAAAAGCGGCCAGAACGAGUAAAUCAUGUGGCUUUAACUGACCAAGCAUCUCCAAGUACAUCAGAUUUGUAUUACAAUGAAACCGCUGCAAAGCUGGAGUAUAUAUUUAAUCAAAGCCCUACAGAGGCUGUCGUUGUUGAUGAGGUGAAAGAUUGUAGGAUAAAGAGAAGGCAGUCACGAAGUAUAAGGACUGGAGAAACUGUGGAGACGGAGAAAAGAACUGUUGUAAGGAAUCAAAAGAAGGAGAGUAGGUUGACUCUUGAGAAGAGGAUUGCUCUCAAGACGAAGAAAGCAGGUGAAUCCGUUGUGUCAUCUGAGAAAAUAAACCAAAGAAACCAUGACGAAUUCGAGAUGACUAAUAGGCUUGUUAGGGACUAUUCAGCUUCCUCUGACUUGGUUAGCUUAGACUGGAAGAAAAUGAAGAUCCCUCCGGUUCUUCCUUCGUCUGAGCAUGCCUGGCUGUUUAAGCUGAUGCAACCUAUGAAGGAAAUCCUCCAAGUGAAGGAGAGUGCACAUAAUGAUUUAGGAAAAGAGCUAACUGAAGGCGAGUUAGCAAAUGCAACAAAUAUGAGUACUGUUCAGAUGAGGAAACAAUUAGAGGUUGGUCGAGCUGCGAGAAACAAGUUGAUCAAGCACAACCUGCGACUUGUCUUGUUCGUCAUGAAUAAGUAUUUUCAAGACUUCUCUAGUGGGCCACGGUUCCAAGACUUGUGUCAAGCUGGUGUAAAGGGUCUCAUAACGGGUAUUGACCGCUUUGAGCCAAAACGGAAGUUCCAGCUCUCAACGUAUAGCCUCUUUUGGAUUAGGCAUGCCAUUAUUCGUUCCAUGACGCUUUCAAGUUUCACAAAGGUGUCUUUUGGCCUUGAGUCGAUCCGAGCUGAUAUUCACAGAACCAAGCUAGUGUUGUCGUUCGAACUUCAAAGAUUGCCUACUAAAGAAGAAAUUAUAGAUCGAGUUGGGAUCUCUGCAGAAAGAUACCAUGAAGUAAUGAGGGCAGCAAAGCCUAUUCUUUCAUUGCAUGCAAAGCAUGCAGUGACCCAGGAAGAGCUCAUCAAUGGAAUCAAAGACGUAGAUGGUGUCGAGGGAGAUCAAAGAAGGCAACCUGCGCUUCUCAGGCUUGCUCUAGACGAUGUGCUCGAUUCUCUGAAGCCUAAGGAGAGUUUAGUGAUCAGACAACGGUAUGGGCUUGAUGGUAAAGGAAAUAGAACACUAGGAGAGAUUGCAGGAAAUCUCAACAUUUCUCGGGAAAUGGUUAGGAAGCAUGAAGUGAAGGCUCUCAUGAAGCUCAAGCAUCCAGCUCGAGUCAAUUACCUUCAUCGUUACAGUUUCUAAAGCGAACAUUGCUACGGCAUACACCAAAUAUUGUUUAGAAGUCGUCUGUAAUCAUAGUUAGGAUAAUAGUCAUUUAAAUCACGAAGUUUGGUCUUCUAAAGUUUUAAAACUGAAUAUAUUAAAUCACGAAAUUCCAAUUUUUCUCAA